AUGGGCGAGCUCCCGUUCUUCAGGGCGCACGCGGCCUUGCACCCGGACCACCUGUGGAUCUGGGAGACGUCCGUGUACGUGGACGAGAACCAGCGCACCUGGCUGCCCGUAACCAUCGAGACGGAGAGCAGCCUCCAGGUACUCAUGCGUCAGGAAGAUGUCCCCCUAGGGGAGGCCAUGUGCCCCAGCCUGCUAGCCCCAUGCCUGCUGCCUUCCAUGUGGCAGCUCUACCCUGGAAGAAGAUACCGAGGCUCAGACUCCAGUUUCUGGCGCAUAGUGUACCACAUUGAGCUCAGUGGCAUGGAGGACAUGCUCCUGGAGCAGCUGCCAGACCUGGAGGAUGAGUGACCAGCCCAGGUCCCGCGCUCCUGUCUCCUCCUGCAUCCCCCGAGGCCACGUCCUGCUGGCCCGCAGAGGGGAUGUUCGUGCUUGCGGUCACCUUCGUUUACCAGCUGUGCGUGUCCUGUUCCAGUACUUCCCCAGUCCGGGGGGGAUUGGGGGGCCGAGGAUGAGCCCUACACAGGGCCUGCUGGACCUGCCUGUGGCCCCCCAGUCUCCCCCGCCGGCAGGUUGGCACUGGAGAGGUUGGUACGGCAUCCUCCGGGUGUCCCAGCAGCACCUGGCCUCUGGUUUUCCCCACGCCCUGAUGGUUUUUGGCCUCUGUCUCCAUUCUGCCCCUCCCAGUAACUAGUGUCGCCUGUCACAUACCCGUGGCUGCUUCUCAGUCUGUUCCCUCAGCUCCCUGUGCCCCUGGCUGCAGGGGAGAGCAGGCCCGCUCACUUGAGCCUGGGCCAGGCUUUCCAACCCCUGCACCAGCUGUGUGACAGGCGGCAUGUCUGCACAGGCCCCUGCCUGCAAAAGCCCCCCCUGCGCAGGUGGGCACAGGUGCAGGUCACAGGAAGGCCCGAGAGGAGCCCAGAUCUGUGCCCAGGACCUGGAAGCCCGCUAGUCCACAGUCCCCAGCUCACAACCGAGCGGGGGGCUGAGCAGGCGAGACCAGACACCCUCGGUCACCCAUCUGUGGAGGGACAGAGGGACAGAGGGUGCAGGGGCUGCUUUUAAAUGCUGCCCACACACCCGGAUGUCACGAAGUUGUAUGUAGUGUGAACACUUUGUAAUGUUGAUUAAUUAAAUGUAAAACAGUUUGUCUACCUCAGUGCCCAACCAGCUUCUAUUCGUGACCUAGAUGCCAGAGGAGAGAAUCAGGGACAGGCCGUCGGUCACCAGAGAAGACAUUUUUUUUUUAAGAUUUUAUUUUAUUUAUUCAUGAGAGACACAGAGCGAGAGCGAAAGGCAGAGACACAGGCAGAGGAGAAGCAGGCUCCAUGCAGGGAGCCCGAUGUGGGACUCAAUCCCGGGUCUCCAGGAUCACGCCCUGGGCUGCAGGCAGCGCUAAACCGCUGCACCACUGGGGCUGCCCCAGAGAAGACAUUUUGGAAGGGAAAGAAUACUCAUGAAUUCAUUGUGUUUCUUUUACUUUGGUGAUAAGGCUAGAAUUUUUUUUUUUCCUAUAAUCCAAAAUCUCAAAACCCCAGUGUUCUUGGAGGGAGUAAGUGACCUCAGAAAGUCUUUGCCAGCAGCUCCUUGCAUUCAAGGUCACACCCUCUGGUCCCCCCCUCCCUGCUCUGGCACCCAUGGGCUCUGUCCUGACAUGUGUAGUUCCAGGGCCACCAGGAGUCCCUGUUCCCACUCGCAGCUGUCCCCAGCUCCCCAGGCCUCAGCUGGAGGGAGUCCCUUUCCUACAGCCCAGCCCACCCCAUGCCCUGUCCCCGCCUGCUUCCAUCACAAGAUUAGCUGCCCCCGCCCCCGCCCCAGGAGCCGGUAAAUAGGGCCUCAGGUAUCACAGAGGGAUGCUUCCAGUAGAAGGAAUCCAUCCUGUGUGGUGCAUGGGUCCUCCCACUUGUGUGUGGCCAGAGUCCGUAGCUUCUUCGUCACAGAGAGGUAUGGGGGUAAUGAUGUGUAUACUGUUAGGUACCUAAUAAGAGCAUCAUAGGAGGAAAGCACCGCUUCUCCUAUUUUAUAUUCCUUGAUCCCAGUCUUACGAGGACAGGUGAACGUUGGACACCACAUGUGACAGGGUUUGUGCCUCUUGUGAUUGGAACCCCAUUGGCUUGCAUGGUGCUUGCCAGCGUAAGAGUCUGGUGUGUGGGAGCUGUCCGUAGGCAGACCCCUCUUGGUAGGGACAACAUCAGGAUGUCAGAACAGGAGAAACGUCGGAGAUCAGCCAAUUGCUUCAUUUUAGGAACUGGCCCAGGAAGAGGAAAGUUUGGGCAGACUGUGUCCCUCUCACUCCCACCCCUCAUUCAUGUGUUGAUGCCCUAACAUCCAGGCCCCAUGUGGGGCAUUUGGGAAAUGGUUAGGAUUAGCUGAGGUCACGAGGGUGGGACCCCAUGAUAGGAUUAGUGCCCUGAGAAGAAGAGGAAGACACAGAAAGAGCAGCUCUCCAUGCACAAGCCCCAAGGCAAGGCCAAGUUGAGGACACAAGGAGCCAACAGCUGUCUAUAGGCCAGGAAGAAAGUUCUCGAAGGUCCUCACCAACUGCCCAGUCUGCUGGCACCCUCUG